AUGCGUGUAUUCUAUGCCAUUAUAUCAGCUAUCUUCUUGAACUGCGCUCUAAUUAACAUAUACUCUCAAGGGGAAUAUGCGCUAGUGCAAAGAAGCUGCGAAGCAAUAUAUCCGGAUCAGGAUUGUAUUGAACUUUGCAUAGCGGUGCCGUAUUGUGUCGGAAUUUUGGUGAUAGACUCAAAAUGCCUUCUCUUAAACGCUACUGGGACACAGAAUUACCCCAACGCUUUCCUGAUGCUUCGUGGUACCGGCGCCUCUGCUUAUCAAAUGGAGAACUGUCGCGGCUAUAACAACGAGAGCAGCACCACGCCAGCCGUUUACACUUGUCCGUUAAGCAGGAGUACCGAGUAUUCUUGUGGAGCAGCCUGGUUUAAAGUUAGGAUAGCUCCAAAUACAAAAUGUGCGCCAACUUGUGCCUACUGUAUCGCUGAUACGAGGGCUUGUUACACGAUACGUUCAGCUGACGAUAUGGCAACCGCACAAAUAAUGAUGUCCCGGUACGACCCAGCCUCUCUAGCGUGGACAGGAGUAAUUUACGACUCUACAAAACCCGCAGCAAGCCGAUGGUUAACAAAUUGCACCGGCACCAAAAAUUAUACUGCAUGGCUGGGAGCAGAUCUACAAUUGGCACGGCAAAAUGAUCCCACCACGACGCUGUGGUGCCAUGCGAUCAACUUCACGCACAGCUUAUUUGUGCCCUGCACUAAGACAUCAUUGGAGUAUAAGAUUUGUUAUAGUAAACAA